CAAUUCUUGACCACCGACUGCACUUUCAUCCCAUAGUGAAUCAGCGAUGGCCACAGAUAUCAACAAGAAGAGGAAAAUACAGCGAGCAUGCGACAUCUGUCGGAAAAAGAAGAUUAAGUGCGAUGGACCUAUGAACAGUCUGAGUAGCCAUAAAUGUGCUUACUGUACUGAACGAGAUUUGGAAUGUACCUAUAUUGAGGAGGCUCAACGAAGAGGUCCCCCUAAAGGCUAUCUGGAAACCGUCGAGCAACGUUGCGGAAGGCUGGAGAAACUGCUUCAAGAGCUUCAUCCCGACUUCAAUUUCGAUUCCUACGUAGGCCCGCCUAUCGAUCGUCAGACAUUUGACCUUGUUACCUAUCACGACCUCCUCGAUACUCUUGAAAUCCCACCUUAUCCAUCCCAAAAGCCUAUAGUUAUUGAUGAUUUACGUCCCGGAUUAUCAGCAUCCGAUCCUUCAGUAACUCCGUUAUCUUCUGAGUCGUCCGCGAACUCAUUAUCGAACCUCAAGCGGAUUCUGACACGCUUCUACAAGGCUGUCAGUUUAGAUGCCCAGAGAGAGUCUGAUACGGAAGAAACUGAGAUGGAAGCCCGAACUCAGCUUAGCGUGGCAGAGUCGAUGAAACGUAUGGGUGCACGUGAUCAUCACUGGAGAUAUCACGGAACCGCCUCUGGUAUUCAAUUUAUCACUCAUCUGCAAGAACUUCGGUCCCGCGCCGCAUCGAGAAGAAUGGAUUUCAUCUCUUGUGUCAACCGUGUAAAGAGGCAGCGAUUCUGGGAGGUUCCCGAGUGGGAGCUUGCCAUUGCGAGCGAAGGCUUGAGCCCUCUCGACCUAUCAAGCUGGCCCGAAAAAGGCCUCGACCAGCAACUCAUUGAUGCCUAUUUUGAUCACGUCAACCUACAUUUACCGCUGCUUAAUCGAAAAGUCUUCCAAGAGCAGUAUAAUUCUUGCAAGUGGAAAAAUCAUCACGGGUUUGCAAGGGUUUGCCUGUUACUAUUCGCGAAUGGAGCGCGAUACCUUGAUGACGACCCCAGAGUCAUUUGGCCACUUGAUCAGUGCGCAUCGGAAAGUGGCCGCGAUACCAUAAUCAACGAUCCGUAUGAUUUGAGGCGGUAUUCUGCCGGAUGGAGAUACGUUCGCAGCUACUUGCGUAUGGGUCAAAGUAUCGUCCAGGGUCCAAAUCUUUUUGAACUGCAGGGUAGAAUUCUUACAUGCCAAUUCGUUGCAGGAACUGCCAUCCCUCACUUUAUCUGGAUAGUCGCUGGCUAUGGUCUUCGUUCUGCUCAAGAACUCGGUAUCCACAUGCGCGCCACCCUCCUCCAUGCCGACCCUACUGAGCGAGAGCUCUGCAGUCGAGCGUUCUGGUGUCUUUACCAUAUUGACCGCAUUAGUUGCUCUGCCAUUGGGCGCACUCUCGCCAUCCAGGACUAUGAUUUCGAUUUGCAAUAUCCUGCGGAUGUUGACGACGAGUACUGGUCUACCGAAGAUCGAGAAAAGGAUUUUCAGCAGCCAAUAGGGAAGGGCCCAUCGAUACUCGCCACGUUCAUCGAAACUCUGAAACUUGACCACAUUGUUGGAGCUGCUCUUCAGACAAUUCACACGCACAGCAAAGGAUGGCUGAAAUCCAAGGAUAUCACUGCCAACUACGCCGUCCUGGCUGAGCUUGACUCUGCUCUCAACAAUUGGGAAAAACAAGUCCCGCAGGCUUUAAAGUGGAACCCCCAGCAGUCUGACACUCGGCUAUUCAAGCAAUGCGCCUUGUUGUACUGUCGCUAUCACUAUGUUCGAAUGCUCAUCCACAAGCCUUUUGUUCCGAUCCAAUACAAAGCCAAAAAGCAACAUUCUGAUGCUUUGCCAUCGCUCCGAAUAUGCGUCGAGGCAGCUCGUUCCUUAGCAAGCAUUUUUGACGCGUGCCUCGUGCGUGGACGGCGGGAACAAUAUCAGCCUUCUGUAGAUGUUGAGAUGGCCCUCCCCAUGUGGGAUGCAGCCACCAUCUUGCUCGUUGAUAUCUUUUCAAGCAAGCAGACUGCUUCAGAACGAGAAACGGCGUUGAUGUGUCUGAGAUGUUGCCAACAAACGAGUGCUGUAUUGGAAGGAACUUGGAGGCAAGUUGCAAAAUAUUCUGAUUUUCUGGUAUCCUUGAUGGAUGAGAGUAUCAUGCCCCCCAUAGUUGAUGAAAGUCGGGCAGGGAGUGAGAAGCGGACCAGGCAGGAUGAUGACAGUGGGCGGUCGAAGAAAAGGGCUUGGAGAGCAGGUAGCGAGCCCAUAAUGAAUCCGAGAGGUGAAAAUGAGGAGAGCAAUUUGCAAUCAAGGUCUCAGUCGAGGAUGAACACUCUCGUCUCUCAACAAGAACCCACUCGCACUCCGUUUGUCGGCACCGACAUACCUUUUGUGUCUUCUACCCCUACUCACGAUAUUCCCAACCCCAACAUGCAACUCCCUUCUUUCCCAUACUCUCAAGCCCGAGGAGAAUAUCCUAGUCAACCAUCACCGGCUGCUUUUGUACCGUCUACUCAAGACACUUUUCAACCUUCGGAUAUCAUGUAUGAUUGGUUGAUGAAUAUGGCCAGUGCUGCCCCACAAACACUUAGUAUGAGUUCGAUGGCGUUAGGUGGGGCCGAAGGUGGGAUUGACGACCCAAUUUGGGCGCAGCUUUUUGGAGAUACGGUGUUUUAAAUGUAUUAUUGCAUCUUCACAAUAGAUAAUCCAUGUACUGUACACGACCAAAAAUGGUUGAUGUUCAUUAUUACAUCACAUUACGUUCAAAUUUGCCGCAAUUAUUUUAUCACUGGCCCAAGGUCAAUACAAUAGUAAGAAUGGUUUAUCGGCAUGUAUAGACUAUUCAUCAGCAUGUACAGACUCAGAUUCAAUCAAUC